CGAAGCAUUGCGGUUGCGCCAUUUUGGGAAGGAGUUUGUCAAAAGCGGCAAAAUUUUAAAGAUAAAGGAGUAUUUUGCAAACAUUUGAGCAACUUCUGAAAAUAUUUGUUGUGGAUACAUAUACUGCAAACUACCUGGUUAUGUUUUUGACGUUAAAGUCAGGUCCUAAAAAUGAAAUGAUUAACUGACAACUUUCGAAUGGGGACUGAGCUGUGAGAUUCGGCAAGAUCAAGGUGGGCACUGUAGCUACAUGGAACAGCUCACGCGUCUUGAUGAUUGAUUCGCCAGUACCUGAACAGUUAUGGAUGGGCUGAGAAGCUACUGAACCGAACAUGUCGAAUGGUUUCUUGGAUAUUAAGUAGCUAGCUAGCAAGUUUUUCGUGUCUCGAGUUUCAAUGGGAGUUGAGGGGACAUAAGCAAAGGCAUGCAUUGAAACGAUUUCUCACCAACUACUUCACAAGUCUUCCAUUGAUUUGCUAAAAUUGUGUCAUGCACCAACUGUUAAUCAUGAACUAAAGUCAACAGUGGCAACAUGUGACCCUUAUUUGAGUAGUUCUAUGUUACUUAUGUAUCUGCUGAAAAUAUGACAUGGUGAAUGAUAGAUUGCUUUAAUUUCUAUACCACAUCUCGCUCACGCUUCUUAAAGCGUUACUAUAGAGUAGAAACACCCCAAUGUCCCCUUGGUAACAUCUCAAGAAAGGGCCACAGGAAAUGUUCUCCUUCCCUUAAAAGGAAUCAUCAUUGACUGAAAUUGCAUGACCGAUAUGGAUAGCUGAUUGUAAACACACCUGGAAACAUUUAGAAAAAUAUCCUAUCUGCAAGCCUCAUGUGGGGAGCAGAUUAACUGGACAUCAAUCCAUAUUGAGAAGAAAACCAACAGUAAAGGACUGAGAACUGUGGGACUACAGAACUGCUACAGCAGACGCCUCUGCUCGGUCGUCCGUAGCUGGGGCCAGUGAGAUGAUGAGGUGUUGAUGUCGUGCCUAACCUAUUGGAGACGCAAACCUAAAUGGCGCAGCAUGACUUCACUCCAGCCUGGCUUAACUUUCCCACAGCACCAUCACCGGCCAAGCCCUCUCACAGCUACGAAUCUACCCCUGACCGUCUUGACAACCAAGGCAAUGUGAGUCGCAGAUGUCACAACUCCUCAGAUGGCUCAGAGUCAGUCAAUGGGCGAAUCCCAAGUAAACUGCCCAGUGGAGGCUACUCCAGGAUCGAGAGGAAUGGAUGGAAGGUCCUCAAUGGCACUAGUGAGGGAUCUAGCCCGCGGGCCCCUCUCCAAUACAGCAGCUGCGAUGUUGGCCCUUCUUGCACCUCUAAGAUCAAAGGUCUGCAGGAGCAUGAUAACAGGGAGAAUGGGGAUAAACGCAAGAAGUUUGCAGCUGAAGAUUUUCCUUCUCUGAAUCCUGAUGCAGAACGAGAAGUCAACCGUAACAAAGCUGCAGGUGUAUGGGAACACCCUCCCAACCCCCAAUCCAGAGGCUCUAAGAUGAUGGUGAUCCGACGCAUCUCACGGGAAGAAUCUUUGCCGGCACUGUCUAGCACCAGCCCAGCCCAGCAACAGGGCCCAUCUCGCAAUGGCACUGGCCCAUCUCUUAACAAGGGUCCCAUACCGAAAUCAGUCAGUCUUCCAGUCAAGGUGAGUCGCUCCAGCUCGUCCUCCCCUGUUGAGCAGGGCAGCCAGCCCCGGCUGAUGAUGCGUCUGACCCGCAUGCGCUCCGACAAGAAAAGCCACUUCCUGAAAGCCCUCAAACAGGACAUGGUGGGAGAAGAGAAACUUCACCUACACUGCAAGGAUGAGGAUAGUUUUCACCUACACAAUAACAACCUGGGCGGAGGGGACGAGAACCUCAAUGGCUAUGAGCGCGGCACUGGAAGUAGCCCACUGGAGAACGGCAACAGCAAGCCCAGCACCAUGAGCAUGAGGCAGCAGGUGCUGUGCUCCUCCACCUUCCCCCAGCAGGAGGUGCUGUCCAGCUCCCUGGAGGCAGAGCACAGGUUACUGAAGGAGAUGGGCUGGCAGGAGGAGAGUGAGAAUGAUGAGACAUGUGCUCCUUUAACUGAGGAUGAGAUGAGGGAGUUUCAGGCCAUCAGCGAACAGCUACAGAAAAAUGGUCUGAGGAAGAAUGGCCUCUUGAAGAAUAGUCCUCCCUCUGACCCAAUGACUGCUUGGAGGACCACCAACUUCAAAAUUGUCACCAAUACCACAGAGGAGACGGAGACCAGCAGCAGCGACACCUCGGAUGACGAGGCUUAGGACCAACCCUCAUCCGAAACCUCGCCCCCAACACACAUUUAACUGCACCACCACCACAAAAGCAGAUGAAUGAGCAGUUCUGAGGCCCUCCCACCAUUUCACAGACCCCACCUCUCACCCACCAGACAAACGUUCAGAAUGGACUUGAGAAAGAACACUAUUAUUGUUUCCGUAAAGAAACCCCCCUUUUUUGUUGGGGCAAAGGGGCGGUGGGAGACUUCAAUGUUGGACUACAUGUUUGUUCCAUCAUUGAAAAAGAUUGAUAAUACGUACCGUAUGAUGAAUGUGAAAAUAAAGUCCGUUCUGGAGGCUAUUAAAUAAAAUGAUUGCAAUUCACAGCUGGUGGCUCUCUG